GGUGAUCCAAAUCUGUGUGGACCACAGAGAACCAUUGAGAACUACAAUUCUGCUGUUGAUCGCCUCCAGAGUGAAGGAACAUCACCAGAUGUGGAAGGAGUAAAGUAUAAAUCGAAAUGGAUGACGCAGAGCAAAUCAACAUAGGCAGUGCCAUCACAAGGGUGUUACCAGACCUCCCAGCCUCAAUCUUGGAUAUUUUAGUGGAAACACUCCAAUCACUGGGGGUAGAGACCACUGAGGAUUUACACUUCAUUCAGGAAGCUGAUCUGCUUACUACGCUGAGACCAAUUCAAGCAAGAAGAUUGGUAGCUGCCUGGAAACAAACCACACAAACCAGUGAAGGCCAUAGCCAGUCAGUGUUGUCCUCUCCAUCUUCUUCAACAUGCUCUUCAGUCAGUCUCUCUCCAUCCUCCACCCAUUGGAUUACUGCUGCAGACUGGGUUGACAACUUCCAGAUCCCAUGGAUGAAGUUUCCUGAAGGUUUGAUGCAGUGUUUAGAGAGGGGGGAAAGGCCAAAUCCACGGCUACGCAGAGAGAUGGUCCGGAUUGUUGUUACUGAAAUGAUGAAAGUCUGUGCCUCUCCCAGUACAAAAGCCUCUACAGAAGUUGCCAAAAAAAUGAUUGCAAAGUAUCCACAGUCACUGAAAGAUGUGAUAGCAGGUGAUGUGGUUGGACUAGGAUACUACUCACUAGUCAAGCAGUUACAAGCGAGAAUUGAAAAUGUGAAGCGGUCUUCAGCACCAAGGAUAAAGAAGCGCAAACAGGAUUCAGAUCAGUAUGACACAGAUGAAAUCCCAGGUGAACAAAGGGCAGCUAUGCAGGACACCUAUGGUUGCAUAAAGUGGGAAAUGGAAUAUAUGCCAGUGAGUGAGACACCAGAAAGCCAACAGGAGAAGAAAGACAAAAUGAAAGCACUCAGUGAACAGACUAACUUCAGCCCAGGUGAAAUAGAAACUCUUAUGAAGUGUACCUACUACAGCCAACGUAAAGACAUAAACAAGGGAACAGAUCUGCAAUCCCUCAUGGAGGGGUGGCCAUUUUUGUUCAAGGAGAUUGGCAUGACAGUCCACUUCCAACAGCUCACUGGGAUAUCGCUGAAAGAGACUUUCCUCACCAAUGUAGAAAAAAAGGGAAAACGGCUUCUGGACUUCAUGAGAAACAGUUGUGCAGACAAGAGCAGAAGAGUUCUUCAGGCUGCCACAAAGCUGGAAAUUCUGAGAGGACAGUUGGAGGGCUGCUCAGAAGAUGUCAAGGAUAUGGUGCUCCUUCUUCUCUCCCACUUUGAUGAAAAAGAGGAGAACCUCUUCCACUACGUUGACCAAACAUGUCUGGCAAAAGAAGUACACGUGGAAAGUUUGCCUGUGACGCCAUGCAUCAUUGUAUGUGGAACGUCAUGCUAUGCUGCAAGACAGUUCAUGCUGAGUGUAGAUUGCAAAGUUGUGAAUGACCACAUCCCCGACUUCAUCUCUGCCAUCUGUUUGAUGUUUGGAACCUACUACUGCCUCAAUAUCCAUUACCCCGUGAGUCUGGGCUCCACACUUGAGUUCCUUCAGAGGUGUUUCUUCAUGAUCAAUCCUGAGAGGGGCACAAAAGUUGAAACAAAGAAGAACAAGAAACAGCUGUCGGUGAACCCAAGAGUCCUCACUCUCAUCACAAAUCUCGCUGGGACAUGUUAAAGAUGGACCUGUCCAGCUGAACUGUUCAAGUCUGACCUCCUCCACAGCAUAACGUAAUUAAUUAACCUGUGUAUUAUUGUGUUGAUUAUUUGAUUAUUGAUUGGUUUGGUUCAUAAAAUGUCAGAAAUGGUGAAAAUGUGGAUCACUCUUUUCAAUGUCUCUGGGGACUCUUUCAGUUACUUUAAACUGCGGUGUGUUUUCUAGCUGGCUUCUUUUUUUUGUUACUAGAAGCAACUUUCCAGAGAGGACAGACGAUGAAAAGAGAUGUGGUAACUGAACAUCAGUGACUUCAUUAAAGUUUGAGUUGUGUUUUCUAGAUUUGACUUGGGUUUUUUUUUUUUUUUCCAACAAGCAACCUUUCGGAAUACUAUUAGUUUACAAUUAGUUUACAAUAAUUCAUAGGUUUUUCAAUAGAGAUUUACCACAAACAGAACAUUUUCAUUUGUUACUGGCAUACUGUAUUUAUUUUAUAUGUUAUCACUGUAUUUUUUACAGUGAAAUUCUGGCAACCACAGCUGCCAGUAUUUUACUGUAAAUUAUACAGAUUUUUUUAUAAUAUAGACGUUAUUUUUAAAGAAAAUUACUGUAAACAGAUUUACAAUAGAUGUGUUUUCUACAUAGUAAUUUACUGUAAACAAAACAGUUUUCAACCAUGAAAUUUACAGUUCCUAAAAAAGCAUACCGUAAUGUCUUAUACAUGGUCACAAUAUUUUUUACAGUAAAAUUCUGGCAACCACAGCUGCCAGUAUUUUACCGUAAAAUAUACAGAAUUUUUUUUACAGUGCAUUGACGAUAUGGGAGAUGCUGACUAUUUGGCAGCAAUACAGGGUUUCUGGUUCCAUAAGCCAUGAUUACAUUAGUUCUAGGUGACUGUGGUGACUUACACUCUGAACUUCACUUUUUUUGUUUUUAGAAAUCAGUCAUGCCGGGCACACUAGCAAAGCAACUGUUUUUCUUGGACCUCUCGCUGUUUCAAUGUUUCCAGUACAUUUGUGACAUUUCCAGGGAACAAACCUAAAAAAAACAUCCACAGGGGUGGAGGUGUCUUAAAACAACAAUUUAUUAAAUCUGGAGUCUUGAGACCUUUGGCAUUUAUUUAUCAGGUUUUCCCCAUUAAGAUGCGUUGCAGAAAAGAAGCCAUUCUUACCAGACCUCCAUCAGUAAAUGAACAAGCCUACACGAAUAGGAAGUCCUUCACCAUUACUGUGCAGAUAAACUACAGCAUACUAUUGUCCUAGGCCAAACCCUCUGGUGACCCUGAGACAGCAACAUUAUAAAAUACAGUGUCAGCUAGUGUUGAGUCAAUCAGCUUCUUAGAGCUCCAGUUCCAAGACUCCAUUGGCUCAUGGGCACCCCCUGAAAGUUAUGUGACAUCAUGGCAACGAUUCUCCAUGUACUGCCACAAUUUUAAGAGUCACACUCUGCUAAACAAAUAAACCCAUAAAUAAACUCACCUUUAAUGUAGUAGUAGUUGCAUUUCUAGUUUGGUCUUUGUCAUCUGCAGCCUGAUGUCCAUUAGUAGAUUCCUUUUCUUUUACUAAGUGGUCCUCAUAAAGCUCUUCUACAGAAGAGCUGACACUCACUACUAGAUUUACAGUAUUGACUUACAGUCAAACAAAACAGCAUACAAUAAACAGCAUCUUACAUUAUUCAGUGGUGCUCUGUCAGUGGUAAAAAGUUAGUUAACUGCCUCAGUUACACAAUAUCUACUUAAGCCACCAUCCACAACUGGAUACAGUAUACCCAUGUAAAUCUGAGGGGGCAAAUCCCAGAGUGUACUGAUCUGCACAAGGAUGCAUUUUAUUUCUUAUGAAUUCAGUUCAUAAGAGUAUAUCUAUACCUCUAUAUACUCUUAAAGCACAUGUGCAGACUGGCUCCACUGUUGCCCAUUUAGCAAGUUUUUCAGUAGAGUUAGUCAUUUCAUGUUAUAGCUGAAUGUGAGAGGCCUUACUAUACUUUAAAACUUAAAAAGGUUGGGAAAUGUAUCCAUGGAAAUAAUGUCAUAAGUGGUCCCAGAGGUUCUUUGUAAAAGGCUCAACUUGAGCUAGAUGGUUAGAUAUACCAAAUUAAAAAUCGAGAUGGAAACAAGAAAGAAAAGAACAAGUAGCACACCUUGCAGUUUUGUAGAGAAAAAUCUAGGAGACAUUAAGUCCAA